UCGUGCAAGUAAUCUAAAAAAAUUUAUUGUAAUUACCAGUUUCCAAACAAUGCAGUUAACGUUAAUAAACUUUUUUAAGAAAACUGUACCCGGUCACAUUUUCCGUGGGAAAAGGCGUUUCAUAAAACCGGUUAGUAAGCGAGCAAUGGAAACACUCCGGCGUGAUUAUGAAAGACAGGAGCAAAAUAUGUUAUGGCUACGACAUCCGUACCUGACAGUGGAGGAGUCAUCAGGACAUGCCAAGGAGUUGGGCAAAACCGAAGCCAAACUGACGAUGUGGAAUGAACGACAGACCUUGAACAAAAUGAAACCACACGUAACAAUCGAGGAGCGACUGGAACAUUUGAAAGUCAAAGAAGCCUGGGAUUAAGUUGCGAAUUAGGAUUAAAAGCAUAUUUCUAUUUUACUUUUAAAUAUAAAGAAAUAAAAAUAAAAUAAAAUGCAAGUUGAUAGUCGAGAAUA